AACGCCAUUUCCCUUGACACCUCUGUCAGUCGCGAGGAACUACCAUAGGGAACUACACGCCCCCUGCCUUGAAGCAUGACAAACAGCACGCACACACAACUUCUGAUAAUGUUUUGAGGAAAUACCUGACUGUUAACGGCCGCCACGCACCGAGAAAAGACCGGUUUCCGAAACAAAAAUGGCGAUGAUAGUUUUCUGCUCCGUCAACAAGACGGCUCAGACCACCGCGAGACGGUGUUUGCGUUCACAUUUAAAAGGGCUUGCUAGUUCAGCAGAGUCACAAGUGCCGUUAUCCUGCAGUCACAGCUCCUCAGUGACUUUUCUUACAGGUACGAGAUGGUUUUCCAGGGGCUCCAGUGUGCGGUUCAUGUCCCAUGGGACCGCAGGCAGAGCCGCAGCCGGGCGAACCAGGAGGGGAGCCCUGGCGCUCAGUGGAGCCGCAGCACUGACAGCAGCAGCGGCUGUAGCGGGAUUCCUAGCCAACGCUAACCACUUCCAGCGGGCUGAGAUGGCAACGAAGGUAUCCCAAGCCGCUGAGGAGAAGGAGGAGGAGGGGAGUAUCUUGGAGAGAUGCCGGGGGUUCAUGUCCCCUCCGAUGACCGAUGUUAGUGUGCUGGAGCAGAGGAAAGGAGAGAUGCGUACGAGGAUGGAGAUGUUGAUUAUGGAGACGCAGGCCGACUUCUGCAAAGCUCUGGAGAAGGUGGACGGUGGGACAUUCAAGGUGGACCGGUGGCAGAGGAGUGAAGGUGGUGGAGGAAUCAGCUGUGUGAUGCAGGAUGGAAAGGUGUUUGAGAAGGCAGGGGUCAAUGUGUCAGUAGUUUAUGGAAACCUGACAGAGGAGGCCGCCAAGCAGAUGACGAGCCGAGGGAAAGUCCUCAAAGGAAAAGAUGGUAAGCUGCCAUUUUGUGCCAUGGGUGUGAGCUCAGUCAUCCACCCCAAGAACCCCCACAUCCCCACUGUGCACUUCAACUACAGAUACUUCGAGAUCGAAGAGCAAGAUGGCUCUAAGCAGUGGUGGUUUGGUGGAGGCACAGACCUGACUCCAGUUUAUAUCAAUAAAGAAGAUGCUUUUCACUUCCACAACACCCUGAAGGAGGCCUGUGACAAGCAUCACCCACAGUACUACCCCGACUUUAAGAAAUGGUGUGACAGAUACUUCUACGUCCGGCACAGAGGAGAGACUCGAGGUAUAGGAGGGAUCUUCUUCGAUGACCUGGACUCCCCGAGUCAGGAGGAGGUAUUCAACUUCGUCAAGAGCUGCGCUCGCACCGUGGUGCCUUGUUACCUGCCCAUCGUGUACAAACACCUCAAUGACUCCUUCACUGAUGAGGAGAAGGACUGGCAGCAGGUGCGACGAGGAAGAUAUGUGGAGUUUAAUUUGGUGUAUGACAGGGGAGUGAAGUUUGGCUUGGCCACGCCUGGCUCCAGAAUUGAGAGCAUUCUCAUGUCCCUCCCGCUCACUGCCAGGUGGGAGUACAUGCAUGAGCCUGCCAAAGGAACCCAGGAGGCUGAGAUGCUGGAGGUGUUACGAAACCCCAAGGAGUGGGUGUGACCAGUGUUCACAGGUUUGCAUGUCAAUACAGAUGAAAGCUCCAGGAAACCAUCUCUGUCAUAUUUUAUAAUGGUGUGACCUGUUUGUAUAAAUCAGCAGCAGUUAACAGUAUUUUCCAAAAUGAUGUUGCAUUGCACUCCUCUGUAAAGUUUUUUAAUCUGCCUAGGUAACUUUCUCUCUUUCCUGUUUACUAUGUUUUGUCAAAUCAGCCUUGUUAACACUGAAUCAUAUUGAGAUUGCAUGACUACUGGUGGCCACAGGUGGCCAUUGUUGCUUUUAGGUCAUCUUACACUGAUGACGUGCUCCUUUUUAAGAAGUGUUUGUGUCAAACACAGGCUGUGGUAGGUUUUUUUCUAUGUCUGGGCUAAAUGUGGCUUGCUCUACUUAAAGCUCUUGCGCUCUACUCUCCUUAAACAAAGCACUGAAAGGGAAAAGGGAUAAACUGAGCCACUGCAUGUAUGUGUGUGCCACCGCUGGUAUCACGUGUUAAUAUUAACAGUUUUUAUGAUUCAGUGCAUCUGCUUGCAACAAAGCAGAAAAACACCAGACUAAUAUUGGAAUGAUGCCUCUUGAGCCCCAUUUACAUUGUGGUUGGUCAUUCAGUUGUGGUUAAUGAGUCACUUCCUGGUUUGUUUGAACUGUUGUAAAACAAUAGUUGGAUGUUGGAUCACAUUCCACAGGGAGGACAGAUGUGAAUCACAGGCCAGGUGGCCAGCUGAAGAAAAAAAUCAUGUUUGUCAAAACAAAAUGCCAGUGGAAAUGUGGAAAUAAUUUAUAGCCCACAAUUAAAAUAAAUUGUUUUGAUCUGUUA